AUGGCCGAUCAUCGUCCAAGCCACCAGAGUUCCAAGUCCAGUACUUUGUUACAGAAACUCAAGGCCCUUGCACCAGACUACGGUCAACUUCUCCUUUUCAUCACCCUCUUCAUUCUUGCCUCCAUUCUCAUAGUUCUCACCGGCCUCUCCGCCACCGCCACCAUUCUCGGGUUCAUCUUUUUCAUGCCGUUGAUCUUGGUUUCUAGCCCCGUGUGGUUCCCUAUUGGCGCCGUGCUGUUUGUUAGCAUCGCCGGGUUCUUGUCAGCAUGCAGCUUCGGAGCUGUUGCCGUGGCGGUGUUAUUGUGGCCGUAUCGUUACGUAAACGGCAUGCAGCCAGUAGGGUCCGAUACGGUUGAGCAACGGGGAAAAAGGAUAAUCGAUGAGAAAUACAAUGAUGCUAUGGAAUAUGGUGUGAAGAUGAUCGCGUAA